AAACUUAUUAACUUGCGGUUUUAAUUAUUAUGGUGUUUUGGCUACCAAAGAAACGCUUUAAAAAGAGGGGGAAUUAAAAAGGUGCCUUAAGUUUGGUAACUACUAACAAAUAUGCAGGGAUCUGAUCUAAUAUUUGUGACACUGGUACCUAUCUCCAUUAUUCAUAUCUGGUAUUUAAGAACAUUUUUCAUUCCAACAAUGAAAAUAUCAAUAAUUGUAUAUCUUGUUAUAUUUGGGGUUUUGCCCCUUAUAUUUCACUACUCCUACACUAUACAAAAGAAGAUUCUGUUUCUGAAUUUGUUACAAUGGCCACUUAAUCUAGAUUUUUCAAAGCCAGAGUCAGUUGGGAUGAAAGGAACAAGAAAUUUUUAUUUAAAAACAGAUCAGCAAGUAAAAAUAGGAUUAUGGCAAAUACUACCUCAGUCUUUAUUAAAUGACUCCACUAUUACAACUGACAAUGAUUAUGAAGCUGUGUUAAGAAAUGCUAAACGACCUGUCUUUCUAUAUAUGCAUGGUAAUAGUGGUAAUAGAGCAAGUAGUCAUCGGCUAGAACUAUACAAACUUUUUCAGAAUUUAGAUUAUCAUGUUAUAUGUUUUGACUACAGAGGCUAUGGUGAUAGUGAAGAAGCAGAACUAUCUGAGAUGGGUGUAGUUAUUGAUAGUAAAUAUGUACUCGAAUGGUUAUUAGAAGUAGUAAAUAAUACAGCUCCUGUCUUUGUAUGGGGACAUUCUUUAGGGACUGGAGUUUCUACUCAUGUACUGGCAUUACUGGCAGCAGAAAAAAUUUAUCCUGCAGGUUUGAUUUUGGAAUCACCAUUCAAUAAUAUUGCAGAUGAAUUAAGUGAACAUCCUUUGGCACAGGUGUUUAAACAUUUACCUUGGUUUCACUGGGUAAUUGUUGAACCAUUUUAUAAUAAUUACCUGCGGUUUGAAUCUGAUAAACAUAUACAAAAAGUUCAAUGUCCUGUAAUGAUACUGCAUGCAGAAGAUGAUAAUGUUGUUCCUUUUGCUUUAGGUGAAAAGUUAUUUGAAGCAGCAAUAAAUUAUCAUGGAAAUGAUACAAGUCGCGUUCAGUUAAUAAGAAUUGAAGCAUCAUUUGGUCUUGGACAUAAAUAUAUAUGUCGUUAUGAAAAAUUACCUAAUAUAAUUAAAUCGUUUGUAGCUGAAGCACAUCAAAACCAGACUGACUAA